AUGACAAAGUCAAAGGAGGAGGAGCUCUACACAGCUGCAGAAGAAGGUCGACUGGGCGACGUGAAGCGGCUCGUGGAGAAGGAAGGCGUCAAUCCCAACGGCAAGGACGGCGCACCCUUGGGCGUCGCGGCUUGGUUUGGCCAAGCCAAAGUUGUCUGCUACUUGCUCACAAAGGGCGCUUCGACCGAAGGGCACUGCAAUGAUGGCCUCUACACGCCGCUGCUAGAAUCUGCAAAGCACAACCGACUUGAGGUCGCGCGCCUCCUACUGGAUGCCGACGCCGAUCCCGGGGCCAGAAACAUCUACAAGGAAACCGCGCUCGAUGUGGCAAUCAAGUACCGACAUGAUGACGUGGCGCAGCUCUUGCGCGACCAUCCGCAACGCAAGAUCACCAAAGCCAAGCUUCUUGCAGCGCUGCACGAAAGAUGCUUCUCGGACGCCAUCACCCUCAUCAAGUCAACCACGGUUGACGUGAAUCUGCGGGAUGGCAACUUCGUCCCACUGCUGCAGUUGGUGGUCGACACGGGGGACAUGGCGCUCCUACAAACCCUCCUGUCCAAGCCGAGCCUCGACGUCAACGCCACCGACAAGGAAGAGCAAACCGCGCUUACGCGUGCGAUCGCCAAGAACAACAUAGCUGCAGUCGUUGCCCUUGUCCAAGCCAACGCCAGAGGGACCUUGAUGGGCGAAGAGGGCUGGACUGUUCAAAUGUACCAUUUUGGACUGCUACUGCUCCAAGCCGCGUCGACCAACAACGCUGGCAAUCUCGAAGUGCUUCUUCGCGCUGGUGCUCGUCCGUCCACCGUCAACGAGGACGGAGCGACCGCACUGCACGUGGCUGCUGCCAACGGUCACGACGACAUCGUCACGCUGCUUUUGGCAACGGACCCGUCCCUCUCUUGUCGCAGCGACCAGAGCGGCAAUUUGCCGCUGCAUCUCGCAGCGGCGAAGGGACAUAUGUUCAUUGUGGAAAAGCUGGUCCAGCAUGCGCCUGUCAAAAGCCUCAGUUGGACCAACAGCGGCGGCUGCACCCCCCUUUCCGUCGCCAUCAAGUGCGCCCACGCGCCCCUUGUCUCGCUUUUGAUUCAAUCCGGAACGUCACUGGACUCCACCACCAAUAGCGGGUGGACGCUGCUCCACGAGGCUGCGGCGACAGGAGGCCUCGCCAUGGUCAAGAUGCUACUCUCGACCACGCUCAACAUGUUUGCCAAAACGACGGCGGGCGAGACGCCGCUCCAGAUCGCUACGGACAAGCAGCGCGGCGACGCCAUUGUUCAAGCCUUCAAGGAUGCCGAAGCCGCCGAGACCCUCCGCUUCUUGGACGCCGUUCAGAGUGGUGACGCCGACCGUGUCGAUGUGUAUCUGAGAAAGGGCGUCGGCGUCAACACAACAGACGCGAAUGGCCGCACGGCGCUGCACGUGGCUGUGGCAAGAGACCAUGCUAGUGUCGUCGACCGACUCGUGCGCGCAGGAGCGACGAUCGUUGUCCAUGAUGCGAACGGGACGUCGCCACUGCUCUUGUCUGCUCGCCAAGGUCAUGUAGCGAGUGCCCAUGUGCUUGUGCAGGCGCUGUCGCUCGAAGCACUGGCGUCUUCUGUCCGCUGGAGCUACGCCGAGGCCAUGGACAAGGGCCACACCGAGGUCGCCGAGAUGUUGCUUCCGCACCUGCCACCGAGCGUCGUGGAUCCCUAUCCGGAGGCCGCCCCUGCGACUGACGAGGACACCAGCCGCCGAGAUGCGCUGCUCGCCAUCUUUCGUACCGCCUUGGACGGCGCCGGUUCGGACGCCAUGAACCAGACGUUGGUGCAAGCCGUCUUGGCCGGCCACGCCGACGCUGUGCAGUGCCUCUUGGCGAUGGGCGCCGACCCGGCGACGAUGCGACCGGAGCAACACGGGUGGACGCUUCUGGCACUUGCGAUCAAGCAAGCCAACGACGCUGUCGCACAAGUGCUCUACCCUCAUCUGUACCCAGAGCCAACUGCGGCCAUCGCCACCGAGCUCGUCGUCGAGCGGGAAAUCUUUGGUGGCACCGGUGUCACAGUCAAUCUGGGCUCGUACGGCGACAAGGCCGUGGUCAUGAAAGGGCCCAAGCUCCCCAACCCGCGCCUGGUCAAGAGCUUUAUGCAAGAAGUCGACACGAUGCGCACGUGCACGUCGCCGUACCUCCAGCCGCUGCUCGCGGUCCUCGACAAUGGCUCACAAAAGCCGCACGUUGUCCGGCCGCGGACUCUUUUGUACAGCCCGACGAUGGUCAUGGAGUACAUGGAGCUUGGAGAUUUGCACAACUACCUCCAGCUCAAGCAAUUUGGGGUGCCCGUGGAGAUGGAGCUCUCGACGAUCGAGGUCGCGCUGGUGUUGGCGCUGGCGCUGGCCGAUCUCCAUCGUUGCAACGUGGUCCACCGCGACGUCAAGAGCCUCAACAUCUUUCUUUCGAAAACGUACUACGUCCGCCUCGGUGACCUUGGCUCAGCGCGGACGCUCGAUGGUGAUACCUUUACGUCCAACGUCGGCACCAAGUUUUGGAUGGCGCCCGAGGUGCUCCGGGUGCCAGAUCUUGAAGGGCAAGGCCGCGUGUACACGACGGCCGCCGACAUUUACUCGUUUGGCGUCGUCUUGACCGAGCUCGAUACGCUCUGUGAGCCGUACUCGGAUCUCGUUGAUCGCAACAGCAUUGAAGCCAAGGUCCGCACUGGGCUGCUGCGUCCGAAUAUGAGCCCGACGUGCCCGCGCUGGCUCCAGGACCUCGCGGACAAGUGUCUGGCGUUCGAUCCGACGGAGCGCCCGACAGCGGCGGCCAUCGUCAAGGAGCUCUUGCUGCGCCGCAACGACGGCGACGACGCGCCGACGACCGUCCUUAUGAACAAGAAGGCAGCAACCAGCGCUGUGGGUCUGCCGACGAUAUCCGAAUGCGGUACAAACAGCAACGAGAUCGCGUAAGGCGUUGUCGACCAUAUUGGGCAUUGGAGUCUGUAGUUUGUCAGAGGCUCAACCACUCGAUUUUGCAUUGUUAAACCAUUUCCCGUUGGGGGUUGUGUGCCGUAGCGUUCCCGACGCUGUCGAGCACCGGGG